AUGGCAGCUUCUUAUACGCGAUAUAGACUCCCUGACACAUGGACCAAAGAAAAACACAAGCUCGCCUUCACCGUCGACGGCGUCAUGAGCCCGGAGGAGUGCGGCGCGCUCGUGUCGCGCGCCGCGGCCGUGGGCUGGAAGCCGUCGCCCAUGGCGCCGCUGCAGAUGGGCCACCGGUCGCGCUUCGACGACGCCGAGCUCGCGUCAACGAUCUUCGAGCGCCUGCGGCCCUACUGCCCCGCCGUGCACCUGCGGCGGCGCCUGCUCGGCCUGACGCCGACGUUCCGCUUCAUCAAGUACGCGGUCGGCGCGUCCGUGUCGCCGCACCCCGACACGUCCGGCGGCGACAAGCACACGCCCGUCGGCGACCCGAACUGCUCGCUGUUCACGUGCCUGCUCUACCUGAACGACGGCUACGAGGGCUGCGAGACGUGCCUCCUGCCGUCGCCGGGCUCCGCGCCGCCGCCGGCCGACGCCGCGGACGACGGCUGGCCGCGCGUCUGCGAGGCGCGGGGCGUCGCGGUGCCGCCCAGGGCGGGCCGCGUCCUCGUCUUCGAGCACGACAUCCUGCACGCCUGCCCGCCGCUGCGCGCGGGCGAGAAAUUGGUCGUGCGCGUCGACCUGUGCUAC